AUAGUUGGCGUGGAGUUAAAUCUUUUUUCAUAAUACAUCGUAAUAUCGUGUAUCGUCCAUUAAUAUUUUAAAAUACAUUAAAAUUUAAGAAUUGAUUGGAAACGAACAUUAAAAUUUAAAAAAUCUAUUUUUCAAAAUAUUUUUGUUAUUUACUUAGUAAGUUAGUAUUAUGUUGUAAAUAACAAACUCUUAUGGCAUUAACUCCUCAUUAUAAUAUGCAUCUAUUUACUUCAGAACAAAUUGAAGAAAACGCCCAAUGUAUUCCUUGUUUUGACUGCAAAAUACGAACAAACAAAUAUUUCAUAAAAACAGAACAAAAGUUUAUCACAUUAGACGCAGAUGAAAAUGUUGAUGAUCAAUCUGAUUCUACGACUUUAUUUGGGCAUUUUUUUCAUAAAGGACAGAGCAUAGUUUAUGACCUUCCAGUAUUAUUCAAAAUGGCAAAGAAACAUAUAUUGAGUCUUAGUUCUGUGUUACGUGAUCAGUAUAAAUCAUUUAGAUCAAUUGAUCAAAAUCAUAAAGACACUGCAUAUUCAGAAACUAGGAAGCAAAUAGCAGAUUUUUUCCUGUUCUUGAGAGAUGGUUUUAAAAAAGCAAAUUGUAAUGAUAAUUACAGUUGGUUAUUAGAAUCUUACGAAGAUAAAAUUGUGUUGGAGCUUGAAAAUUUAUGUUCAUCUCUUGGAUUGUUUAACAAUUUGUCCGAAACUGUAAUUCAACAUGCGUUAGCUUCAUCAGAAAGCAAAAACAAUAUUUAUUAUCACUUAUACCACUGUAAUUUGGAUGUACGAUGGCUCCAAAUAACAGUACUACUACAAUUUCCCAAACACAUAAGUGUAUUAAAACAUACUGUAAGCUAUGUCUUAGAAGAUUUAGUACGACUGGGAAGAAAUAGAUUUAUAAAAUUAAAACCUAAAGAACUUCAUUCAAAGAGUGCAUUACUGUGUGAAUGUUCCUACGACUUAUUAUUUCUCAUUCAACAAUUAAUUAAAGAGCAACAAUCAUCUUGCAAUAUUGAUAAUUUCUGGCAACUUUUAAAUUCAACUUUUACAAAAGUAGAAAUUGUGGAUUGUGAAGAAUUAACUUUUCGACUAUGGUUUUUGAACAGUUUACAGGGAUCAGCUGAACUAGCAUUAUUUGACUUCAAGGAUUGUAAUUUAGUAACCACUCUUAAGGAUUUUCUUAAGCUUGAACCUAGUGAAGCACAGUUGAAAUUGGCUAUUUGUUUAUCAGAAAAUUUUGUGCUGUCAACUUAUGCUACUGAACCAAUAAUUACUUUAUGGGAAUAUUUUCACAAAAGACUUAAUUCUAUGUUCUAUUCAGCAGAUACAAAUCUUCAAAAUAUUGCAUGUAUCAGUAAAAGUGGUUCGGAACUCCUUAUUCAAAUGUUAAAUCUCUUUAAAACUCAGAUAUCUGAAGCAUAUGAAAAUUUGAAUAGCUAUCAGUUAUUUCAAAGACUUCUCGGUCUUCAUUUGAAAAUGAUUACACAUAAUUCUAAAGAUUGGAACCAGAUAAAAGGCAGAGUUUUUUCAAAAUUUUCUCAAAGUAAACUGGCAUCAUUCAAUGAAAUGGGGUUUUACAACUUUACGACACUGUUUUUAACAUUGGCAAUUAUGUCAUCUGAUACUUCUCAAAUUGCUCUUAAAUAUCAGCAUCUAAUAAAUUUAAUAACUGAACAAAAAUUAGAGUCUAGUAUACGGUUAACAUACUGGAAAGGCACUGUAGCUUUUUUAAUAUUACAUUCACAACGUAGUAUUACAAUCACUCCAUAUGGUUCAGCAUUAUCAGAAAUCGUCGAAACUACUCCCAAAGAGUACAUUACAAUAUUUGUAGACGGUCUAAGAGAAAUUUUUACUUACAAUGAAUCAUUAACUCUUGGACAACAUAUACUUUUUGGUACUUGGGUCGAAAAAUAUUUAAACACAAUCAAGCCAUCCGAUGACAAUGAAAUUCUACAAAUAAGUUUGCUUAUAUUAAAUAAAUUAAAAGAAGCAGCAAAAAAUUAUACCAUGCCGUUACCUAAAGAUAAUGAAGAAUUCAUGUUGUAUAAUGCAUUAUACAAACAAAUGUUGCCAUUUUUAAAAACAUCAUGUUUGGCAAUUGACUGUCAUACAAUAGUGGCAGACAUAGGAGCAACAUUUACUGCCUUGUCUUCUGUCGUGGCUUUUUCAGACACAAAAGUGAUGUUGUUUAACUAUUUUGUUAUUAACCAAGGGAUAAGCAUCAAGUUACUCAAUAGGUAUUUAUCAAUAAUUAUUAAAGAGAAUGUACCUACUACCAGUAUUCAUGGUUACAACAGUCUCGCUCUAAUUAAGGCAUGGCUACGCAGUUCAAUGUUAAUUACUAAUUGGACUUAUAACGAGACAAUAAUUAUAACCCAGUUUGUAUCAACUAUCAAGGAAAUUCAGGAAUUAUAUGAAAAUUCUAGUAAUAAUUUAGUUACGAGUGUUGAUCCAUUUAUUACAUUUUUAGACCAAUUGAACAUGAAAUAUCAUCAAACUCAGGAUUUAAAAUCAAAGCAAAAGCUUUGUGAAAAAGUGUCAGACUAUUUUUUUAGUAUCAAUAUUUGGGUGACCAAUUUAAUAAAACAACAAAAACAGAAUGACGAGAUUUACAGAUUAUACAUGGCAAUUGGCUACAUGUUAGAAAAAAUUUCACCUAUGAUAUACGUUAAAAGUAAACCAAAUACUAUAUUGCAAGAUCUAUUGGAUUCUAUGCUUUUGGGAGUAGCUGUUAGGAGUCCUAAUUCCAAGACUCAUCCAAGUGUAGUUACAGCCCUUCAAACGAAUAUACAUCGUUAUCUUAUUGGAUUGUUUCGACUGCAUCCGAAGACAGAUCAGUACAUUAAUCGUUGCCUUCGGGAAAUGAUUUUUAUUUACUUACCAAAAAUUUUAAUGGGGACAAAAUCAUCAGAUGAAUUACCAUUAAUUAAAUUUUUCGAAAAUAAACCAGAUUCUGAAAUCCCAGAACGUGGUUUACUGUUAGAACUUAUUGUAACAUUAUUUUUUAGUAAACGCAAUCGUACACCAGAUAGCAGUGUUGCCCAAGUUUUGGUGUUUAUAAAUAAAGUGAUAAAUGUAUAUUGUGACAGUAAUUUUGUGAUACUAUCAAUUACUCAUCACACAUUUGCACGUAUUUGUUCUGUAAUGAUGUUUUGUGAAGAUGCUAAUGUAUGUAAACGCAUUGCCAAUGACAUUUUAGGUACUUUAAUCCAAGUAAGCGAGUCAAAUAGCAGUAACGAAAUCAAAGAUGAAAUUCUACGGUCCUUGGAUGUACUCUGUCAAGAACACUUGGCAUUUUCUUCUAAAUUAGUAUUCGACUUUUUUGACAAUUUGAUAAUUUUAUCGCCGAACAUUGUAACUUGUUUUUUACCAAAACUUAUUCAAAAUAUUGAAAAGGUUGAAUGGAAACGAGGCAUUGGAUCAGACUUCACUUUAAGGAAAGGUCUGGAAAGGAUUCGUACAAAACUUAGUCACAAAUAAUAAAAAAUAGUUUUAAUUUCAUUUAUUUUUUAUAUUAUAUUAAAUAUCAUGAUAAAGAUAAUAUUAGAUGUAAAACAAUUACACCAUUUAUUUAUUUAAAUAUCUUUCCUUGAUUGAAAGGUCUGCCUUCCUUAUCCUUAGCAGUCCAUGCGAAGUACUCGCUCACCAAUUUCUUGGUUUCUUCGCUAUUAGCAUCCAGUUUUUCCCAAGUAUAUACAUCGUAAUCAACUUUCCAGUCAUUACUCAACUGUAACCAUGUUUUUUUAAAUAUAGUAAAUAUGAAAACAAAAUAUGUUAUUGUACUACAUACCUCAAAUGCAAGAUCAUGGCCUUUCCAUACCCAAACUCCGGAAAUUGUACUAUCUCCUUCAGAACCAAAUAAACAGACUGAUGCAAACGCAUUUUUUCUCAUCUUGUCUAACCUUUGAAACAUACCUUUGGGAGAAAAUAUUAUUAUUGAUACUUGUAAUUAAAAAUUGGUCUAUGAAAAUAUUAACAAUGUAGCUGUUGCAAAUCGAGCAAUAUAUUUUCUGACUUACCAGAUAUAAGAUUGCAGCUCAUAAAUACUUUUUGUAGCUCAUUAUUGUAUUUGUAUUCACCAAACCAUAUUGAAUAAUUUUCUUUAUCAAAGUGUUUCCAGAAAUGGGCAAUAGAUUUAGAUUCCUCUUCAUUACUGUAUACUCUCUUGAACUCGUCCAUAUUAAAUGUUCUAUUAUUAUAGUAAUUUAUUUUAAACAAUUGUUUUAAAAGCAAGAAAUUUUAGUAAAAAUAUAUACCCUUUAGGAAGGGCAUCAAAUGGAUCUUUAGAUUUGGGUUCAGCAGCCAAAAUGAGAUCGGCUGCAUCAGGCUCUUCAGCUGGAGCUUCUUCCUUGGGUGCCGGUUUCUUGGGUUCGGGAGCUUUCUUAGGUUUUUCCUUCUUUAGCUGCUUUUUUUCACCAGAAGCACCUUGAAGUUCAGUAUACAACUUUUGGUUAAACUCCGCACUUUUUUGGCAGUAUUCAAACUUUCCCACAACUUUAACUACUUUUGGUUGAUUGACUAUGGUAUCAAACCAUCUGUUUACGUUAGUAUAGGAUUUCCUAGAAAUUCCAUUUAAUUUAUUACUUAUUAGAUUAUUUAAUAUAGUUUAAUAUUAAACAGAACAUAAUGUAUAUAUAUAUAUAUUCAUUAAUUUAUAAUAAAAUAUUGCUAACAUAGGCCCGUCUGCUAAUUAAUUUCAAAUUACCAGAUCAAUACUUUGUUAAACAUUAAUAUACCUCAUUUUGUUACAAACUUUAAGAUAAUUCAAAAAGUUUGUCUUUGAUAGAGGAUUAAAAAGCUGCGAAAACUACUCAUCUAUCAUAAUUCUUUGUUUACCUGAAAUCCGGGUUCAACACAUGUUGGUAAAGUUGGAUUAAAGAACAAGCUACAGUGAUAUCGGCCAAUGAAAUACGUUCACCAACUAAGUACGUUUUUGUUAGUAAAUAAUUAUCCAAGUAAGUAAGUAUAGCUUUAACAUCUUCAAUUGCCCUGUCUACUGCCUAAAAUGAUAGUAAUUAUAUUGAACAUUAAAUAUCUUCUUAAUAAAGUGUUAUAUAGUAUACUAUACCAAUUUGUUGAAUUGAGCAACACUGAGAGAUGGAUAUACCCACGCAUAGGAAGCUGGUAAAAUUUCAUUAUCAGCAAAGCUAAUCCAUUGUUGUACAAGUGCUUUUUCAUAUGGUGUAGCACCUUUGAACUGCUCACUGGAUAC